CGGCCCCGCGGCGGUCAGGCCGGGACAGGGCGGGCAGGCGGACCGGGGCGGGGCCGUCGGCGGCGCUUUAAGAGGAAGCGCGGACAGGCAGAGACUGCCCGCCUGGCCGGCAAGGAGGUCCCGCGCCAUGGAGGUCGCCCGCGACUACGCCGGAGUCCUCUUCAGGCCCCUGACAUUCAUGGGCUCGAAGACAAAGCAAGUGCUCCUCACGCCCCUCAUGCAGUCAGCUCGCCCCUUCCGGGUCUCCAACCAUGACCGCAGCAGCCGGCGCGGGGUGAUGGCCAGCACCCUGAAAGAACUCAUCAACAAGACUCUGGAAGCUCUGGUCAUCACCACUGGACUGGUCACGCUGGUGCUGGAGGAGGACGGUACCGUGGUGGACACAGAAGAGUUCUUCCAGACCCUAGGGGACAACACGCACUUCAUGAUCUUGGAAAAGGGACAGAAGUGGACACCGGGCAAGUACCUUCCAGCUUGUCAGCAGCCCAAGAGAUCGGGAAUCGCCAGAGUCACCUUCGACCUGUACAAGCUCAGCCCCAAGGACUUUAUGGGCUGCCUGAACAUAAAGGCCACCAUGUACGAGAUGUACUCCGUGUCCUACGACAUCCACUGCACAGGGCUCAAGGCCAUGCUGAGGAGCCUGCUGCGAUUCCUGUCCUACACCGCCCAGGUGACCGGCCAGCUCCUCAUCUACAUGGGCUCCUACAUGCUCGGCAUGCUGGGUGACACGGAGGAGCAGCCUUCUCUCAAGUCGCACUCCAGGGGCCGGUUCACGUGUGGCUAGGGGUGCGCGCCUCUGGGUCCAGAUGCUCCCUUUUCAAAUGGGUCUUGAAGUGCUCUCGUGUUGUUUACCUCCGCGGCUGGCUGCUGGUCACUGCUGCCCGGGGUGGGGGUGGGGUGCGGGGGCUGGGUGAAGGAAGGGGGUGUGAUGGUGUGAGAUGCAGCCUGUGAGGCGGGUGGCCCUGGAUGGGGAAGGGACAUGGCGGGAGGGGGGGGCUCUGGGGGCCAUGGCGAGGGACCAAAUGGCAGGUACAUCCAGGAGGAGCUGUUGGGUUCCUCACCUGCUACAAUAAACCCGUGCCCUGAA